AUGUCUGGGAAUGGCAGUAUCGCUUACGUUCCUCAAGUAGCUUGGAUUCAGCAGCAUACACUGCGCAGCAACGUGCUGUUUGGCGCUCCAUUCCUGCCUCUUUGGUACCGAAACGUGAUAUCUGCUUGCGCUCUUCUAUCUGAUAUAGAAAGAUUGCCAUUCGGAGACGAUACUGAAAUCGGUGAGCGUGGAGUUAAUUUGUCAGGUGGACAACGCCAACGACAAUCAGAUAUCUACUUUUUGGAUGACCCUCUUUCCUCUGUAGACGCCCAAGUUUCAGAACAUCUUUUCAAUCAGGUAAUCGGAUCAACUGGCCUUUUAUGCAAGAAAACGCGCAUCCUAGUCACCAGUAACUACCAGCUGUUGAUUCACGCAGAUUGGAUUCUAGUGUUCGGGGACCAAGGUCGUAUAAUUCAGAGUGGCACUUAUGCUGUAAGUCUAGUGCAUCGGUCUGAUUGGGUUGACUGCUCUUCAGUGAAAUAUCUUUCUCAUCUAUGUCAUGUAUUUUUAUAA